AUGGCUAUGCUGCCCCGAAUACCAUUCAAAAACUACAGCAAGCACAGUCAACAGAGCCCAAUACCUCACAAUCAGUGGCAACCUACAAACCCAUCGAGAACUCUACGAAGCAACGCCGCCAACUACUGCGCUGUUGUGGAGUAUGUCCGGUGCUUGCUCUAUGCGCGAUGGCCAUCUGUCAACAGUUGCAGUAUUAUGAUUCCGGAGCACUUUGUAUUGGCGGGACGACAUAGUAUGCUGUUGAUGAACGAGAAUGUGCGUUAUCUGGACAUCUCCGACUGCUCGAUGGACACCUUUGUAAAGCAGUCUGGAGGAACUCGGGAGUUCCUCCCUUACUUGGGAGGAGUGCGUGGUCGCAUUCAUCGACAGUGUCUUGACACCAACGAAGCGCUUCCGAACCGUCGCAACAAGGAGUCCUACCGUAACUUCGCCCUAUGUCUCCAGCACUCUGUGCGCGUUUACCUAAUCGAUGACAACAGCAUUACCGUUCUUUCUGGCAUUAUGGGUGCCAUUCCCUUCAUGGAGCUGAACCUCAUUAAAAGUUCACUCUAG